AUGACGCCCUUUACGCCGCGCGCGAAACCGGCGCCAUCCUCGUCGAUGGACGAGGUGGAAUUGGUCGACGUCCCCAUUGAAGAGCGUCCGCCUCAAGAUCGAACUACCCAUAACGCCAAUCGCAUGAGCGUUAUUUCACAGGCUUCGACGACUUUGGUCAGAUGGGUACCCCGCGUCAACUUCUGGGUGGCCCUUAUCUGCGUUACAGUUGCGGCUUUCCUGAUGAUCCUCGAUACCUCCAUUCUCUCUACCGCCAUUCCAACAAUCUCAGCCGAAUUCCACAACAUUGACGAUAUCGCUUGGUACGCCACUGCCUUUCAGCUUGCCAACGCCUGCGUCUUGCCUUUGACCAGCAAGAUCUAUACCCGCUUUAGCACCAAAUGGACCUUCAACUUCUUCCUCCUCAUCUUCAUGGUUGGAUCCUACAUCUGCAGGGCAGCUCAGACUUCGGGUACGCUUAUUGCAGGCCGAGCGGUUAUGGGUCUCGGAGCGGGCGGUAUCUGGAACGGCGGUCUCACAAUUAUUACCGCCAUCACCAGCACUAAGCACCGUGCGUCCGUCAUUGGCUGCGUUAUCGCCUUUGCUCAGAUGGGCGUUGGAGCCGGACCGCUCUUUGGAGGACUGUUGACACAACACACCAAGGACGGCUGGCGCGCUUGCUUCAAGAUCAACCUCGAAGUCGGUAUGGCCUUGUUCUUCCCGGUCAUGUUCAUGCAGGUUCCGGAGCAGAUUGAGAAGCCUCAUCCGUGGAGGGUAAUCAGGAGGCUGCACCGCGAAUUCGACCUCCUCGGCUUUGCACUUCUGGCUCCGGCCGUCUUCCUGUUCGUCUGGGUUCUCACCACUGCUCAGAUUAGCGGGCCCUUCUCAUGGAGUAGCGGCGCAAUUCUCGGCUCGCUCUGCAGUUCUGUUCUGCUCUUCGGCCUUUGGGGAUAUUGGAACUACAGGAAGGGCGACCACGCUUUGCUACCAGUCAGCACCAUGACAAAGCGAGUCGUUUGGGCCAGCGCCUUGACACAAUGGUUCAUUAUGACGACGGUGUACUGCAUGUCCUUCUUCCUCCCGAUCUUUUUCCAGUCGGUUCAGGGAAAGACGCCUACCACCAGCGGUCUCGAUUUGCUGCCCGGCUUUGGCGCCCAGCUAUUCUUUGGCAUCGCGGGAGGUUUCCUAGUCGAAAGAACCGGUUACAUUAUCCCCUACGCUGUCAUCGCCGGCAUCCUCUGCUCCGUCAGCUGCGGUCUUAUGUCCACGAUCGAGAGCGGCACCCAUUUCGGCAUUAUCGCCGUUUACCAACUUAUCAACGGCGCCGGCCGCGGCUUCGGCACACAAAUGCCCACCAUCGCCGUCCAAACAGCCAACAUGCACCCCAUCGACACCACCAUCGCCAUAACCCUGCUCAUGUUCACCCAAAUGCUCGGCACCGCCCUCGUCCUCGCCUUCGCCAACAACAUCUUUGCGCACUCCAUCACUUUGGCCCUGGAGCACCGCUUGUCCCGCGAGGAAGUCGAGGCGCUGAUCAAGAACGGCACCAUCGGUCUGAGUAGUAAACCGGAAGACCGCGAGAAGCUGGAGAAGAUGGGAGAUCUGUUGAAAUACGUCAUGCGCGCUUACCUCGAAGGCGUCCACAACGUGUUCUACAUGGCGGCCGGGUUUGGCGUGCUCGCGGUGUUGAGUGCCUUCUUCUUGGGCUGGACGGAUAUCAGGAAGACGAGCAUGAAGAAGAAUUGGUUCGGCAUGUCGUCGGAUAAGGAGGCGAAUAAGCUGCGCAAGAGUGCACCGGGUACACCUGCGAAGGCGGAUACGACGACGACCUCCUUUGAUGCCAGCCCCAACGUCAACUCAAGCUUCAAUGUCAACGCCAGUCCGAUGCUCAGUCCUCCUCCUGCCAGCGCGAAUACAAAGGCCGAACGGAGAAUGAGCCGGAUGAGUGCCACGGCUGACUUUGCUAAGUUCAACGUCAGUCCCACGCUCAGUCCUCUUGCCAAUGGGACUACCAAGGCCGAGAGGAGGUUGAGUCGGAUGAGUGCUACGGCUGGGUUGGCUUAG